AUCAUCCAAUCACCUCACUCAUGCUCUUGUGGCUGGAUGUAGUCACAUCCUCAUAGCAAUGAAGGAUAACGCAUUGUUUUCGGAAGAAACGCUGGAUGAGCAGAUGUCUACAAACAUUUCGUACAUACCAUAAAGAAAACGCUUGGACUCGGAGAUGCAGUCAGAUUUGGGAAUGCUCAACCAGCCCCACUGCUGGAGAAGUGGUUUAAUCCCAGCCCUCACCUAACACCGCUUCAUCUAAUCCCACUGACUCUGCUGAAGAGUCAGAUUUGGAUUGAGUGUUGGAUCCGGAUCGGAUGUGAGGAGUGCAGAGUGUACUGGGAGAACUUUUGGGUUUACACUCCUGUUUACACCACUAGAUGUCAACAGCGCCAUCAAAACAAUGAAGAGGAGCCUCUGACUUUCUGUAAACGUGCUGUGGGUGUUUACAUGAAUGGCAUCUUGAAUGAAUCGGACCUGCCAGAGUGAUUCAUUCUUCAUUUAUCGCGGGUGACAUGCAGUAAUGCACAGCUAAAGGGAUGCUUGCAGAAUUUUAUUACUCUCACCUGCUGCAGCUGAAGUGAUGUCUGUGUCCUCCUUCCUGCGUAUGAGGCUUGGUGGCAGAUGCUGCGUCGCUGAGAUAGUUCAGAAAAGAGCUCUGUCCGGGGCAGAUACCAUUAAUGCUCUGAGACCGUUUUACUUUGCAGUGCACCCUGACUUCUUUGGCCAGCAUCCAAGAGAAAGGGAAGUGAAUGAAAACUCUCUCAAACGGCUCAAUGGCUAUUUGGAGAAUCUUCAAAAGCCAGGCAUGAGGUCAAUCAAGCCUACAAAGCUCACUUUUUAUGUCCGGGACACAAAAGAGAAAGUAGCCGGUGAGAGUGACCUGAUUCCCUUUGGUUUCCGAUCAGUGACUUUCACUCUGCAGUCUAAGGAUGUCCUGAGUACAGUGAUGGAAGUUCUGAAGUCUUGUAGCUUGUCAGUGGAACACAUGCAUGGACUACUGAAGUCAAGAGCAGAGAGCCAGAACUCACCAAAACAAGGUGGGAUUCCAUUCUAUCGCCCCAUAAAAUGGGACAAGACAUACUACAGCGUCACAGGGUUCAGAGACCCAGAGCAGGAGCUGGAGCAGGCCAAGAAAAUGGAGAGAACACUCAGUCUGUGGCUAAGGAACAAUGAACCGGAGGCCACGAAGAAGCAGAACGCGAGCGUGCCCCGUCGAGCUGAGCUGAAAAGACUGAAGAGAGAGCUCAUUGAGAAACUGGGUCUGGUUGAUAUCAGGUGGCAGCGCAAAUGGGGAGUUGCACACAGGUGCUGUCAGCUACAGAGUCUUAGUCGACUCGCUUUACAGAGCCCAGAAGCCCUGCUCAAUCUGAGAGGGCACACAGUAAUCUUCACUGACCAGUCAGGGAUGAACGCCUCAGGCCAUGUGAUGUUGGGAACAAUGGACGUGCAUCAUCAGUGGACAAGACUUUUCCAGAGGUUGCCCAGUUACUAUAGUCUGUUCCAGCAGACAGUGUGGCUAAAAGACAGGAUCAGUUUUCUGUUAGGAGGGAUCCAGGUGAUCCAUAUGGAGCGGGUGGGUCCUGUUCUGCCACUAGAGGAGCAUUACAGCACCCUCAACACCUUCCACAAGAGACUGCUGCCCCACCGGCUCGCCCUGCACCCCCGCAGCCUGGAGGGCCUCACCAUGACCCUAGAGAAUGACCGUUCCACCCCCAGACUCCAUGAGAUGGGCCACUUUAUCAUCCCUGUUGUGUGUGAUGCAGUGCAGUUACAGAACUUCUUGCAGAGCCACGCACAGGAGGCCCGCAGACGCAUGCAGCGCAAGGACCAGUUAGAGGCUGAGGAGGAGAAUGUGAUGUCCAGCUGUGUUCAAGACCUGUCUCUGCGCAGUCUGUCCAAAGAGCCCAGUGUUUCUAGCAGUCAAAUGAUCCCAUGCUGCAAACGGCUGAUGGAGGAGAGGUCUCCCCACAUGCAGGGCCUGCACCUCCAUGUCUCACACUUCUACUCUGUUAUGCAGGAUGGCGAUCUGUGUAUUCCUUGGGACUGGAAGGGCUGAUGCACUCACACACUCGCAAAUACAAACACCUUGUGAGUGCUUGGGCAACAAGACUUGUAGAACAUGCAGCUACAGCGCCCUCCACAAUUAUUGGCACCACUUGUUAAGAUGCGUUCUUAGGCUUCUAAUAAUUUUUUUUUUAAUGAUAUAAUACAACAAUGCAAAAAAAAGAGAGAAAAAUCCAACCUUUAAUUCAAGUGCAUUUAUUCAGUGGGGGAAAUCCCACAUUAAGAAAUUAUUUUACAUGAAAUCAUCUGUGCCGCAAUUAUUGGCUCCCCUGAUGUUAAUACUUUGUACAACCCCAUUUUGCCAACAAGAUGGCACUUAAUCUUCUCCUAUAACAUUUCACAAGAUGGGAGAAUACAGAGAGAUGAAUCUUCUACCAUUCCACUUUGCACAAUCUCUCUAAAUCAUCCAGAGUCCUGGGCCCUCUCCUAUGCUUCAGCUCACCCCACAGGUUUUCAAUUGGGUUGAGGUCUGGGGACUGAGAUGGCCAUGGGUGUUUUGGCCACAUGUUUGGGGUCAUUAUCUUGCUGAAAGAUCCAGUGAUAACCCAUCUUCAUCACCAGAUUUUGAUUAAAAAUGUCCUGGUAUUUCAAAGAGUUCAUGAUGCCAUACACCCUAACAAGGUUCCCAGGGCCUUUGGAAGAGAAACAGGCCCACAGCAUCACAGAUCCUCCCCCAUACUUCACAAUGGGCAAGAGGUGCUUUUCCGCAAUACUCAUCUUUUGUGUUACGCCAGACCCACUUAGAGUGUUCAUUGCCAAAAAGCUGUAUCUUGGUCUCAUCUGACCAAAGCACACAGUCCCACCGCUUAGCGAACUCCAGACAUUUACGUUUAUGCCUGUAAGUGAAAAAAAGGCUUUUACUGUGCACGCCUCCCAAACAGCUUGUUGGCAUGUAGAUAGCACCUGAUGGUUGUUAUGGAGACUUUAUGACCCCAAGAUACUACUCUUUGAUGCAAUUCUUUAAUAGUGAGUUUUGGAGAACUUUUUACUUCUCUUACCAUCCUCCUCUCACUGUGCGUGGUGGCAAGAUAAACUUGCGUCCUCGUCCAGGCUUGUUUGCCACUGUUACAGUUGUUUUAAACUUCUUGAUGAUUCCUCUGACUGUAGAUAUGGGCAGGUGUAGGCGAGUGGCUAUUUUUUUUGUAGCCAAUGCCUGACUUGUGAAGGUCGACACACAUCUGCCUUACUUGAGUGGUGUGUUCUCUUGUCUUUCCCAUGUUGAAGAGUGGAAAAGAGAAAUAGGCUUCUGUGUUACGUCAUAUUUAUACCCCAGGGAAACAGGACGUGAUGAAUUACUAAUUAAAGGUUCCUAGGUACUCUGUCAACUUUAUGAACUGCAGUAGAAAUCACAGAAAUGCUUCAAUUACAUUUAUUUUCUAGGAAUUGUUAGGGGUGCCAAUAAUUGUGGAACAGGUGAUUUUAUUUUCUACAAUUUUCAGUGUGAGAUUAUGCUUCUGAAAUAAAAAUUGAAUUUAUUUUAAGGCUUUUAACACAUCUAAAUGAGGGGUGCCAAUAAUUGUGGAGGGUGCUAUAUAUAGAUGUGGAAGGUUAUAGUGGUUUGCCAACUUGUAUGUAUAUCAUAUAAUCUGUACGCACUUUGGUUUCAUGACUGAAUCAGAUGGGAGGUUUGCUUUUAAAGCAGUCAACAUGAAAUACCAAGUGAAGGGUUCUUGUGCUGUAAAUCAGUAUAUUGGUUAUGUUGAUUGUAAAUGUGACUUUGAAUUGAAGCACUUAAACUAAGGGUUAAGUAAGUUGCCAUUAGCCACGUAUUGCUUAGGAUUAGUCACUGUAUUUACAGUCUCACUGAAGCCUGGAAUGGUUAUUGGAUGUAAAGCAUCUUUUUGUUGUGGACCUGAAUUACGUUUCCAUGACUCAACAGCGUGAUCCUCUGUUCUAUUAAAUGGCAAAAGACACAAGUCUUGGCCAAAAGAAGAAGGGAAUAGCUGUUCAGUAUUAGUACACUACACUGCCUGAAUAUACUGCAGACUAUGUAAGGCAUCUGCUGUCCACUAGAUGGAAGUCAAUUGCAGUCAUCAGGAAACAUCACUAAAAGUGCACCAGAAACACACCCAUUCCACUAACAGUGUAUUUAAUGGUCAUUGAUUUUCAGCAUUUCAUCCUAAUCGUGGAAUAAUACAUUUUGUUUAAUUUACUGUGAAACAAGACUGCAAAUGACUGAUACAAACUGUGUGCAGAAAGCUGUGAGAUGUUGAGCUGGGCUUGGACCCCAGCAAUGCUUUUUGAAACUUUCAGAGAAGGAACAGCCACUUAUAAGCUGUAUAAAUCUGUUCCACUUAGUUUUCAGUAUGAGCCCACAUGUGGAAGGAAAGUGACUUUACUUUAAAGUGACUCUGCUAUAAAUUAAUUAGCCAGCUGACACUGGCUUGGAGAAACUUGCCAAAAGUUUUUUUUUGAGUAAUAACUUUAUAAGAAAGUCAGUGCUGCUCUUUAUAUUACUCCACAAACGAUGAGAGGUGUUAAUCCUACACAGUUAUAUGAAACGGUUCAACAUCCUUGGUCAAAUGAUGUGUUUUGUUGAUUUACUAACUGAAAAUAAGUCAUAACAUCAACAAGCAAUAAACUAAAUAUGGCAUUUUUUUCCAGCAGAUUUAUGAAUGUAAUGUAUUGGAGGAAGAAAAUUCUAAAUAUAACACAAAAUAUAAUACAUACUAUAACUUUUCCAUAGGCCACAUUUUAUGUUUGACCCCCCCCCCCAAAAUGUUAAAUUCAACAAAACGGUAAUGGUGCAUUUAAGUCUGUAGAGGUGUCUUCUCUAUAGAGAAUGGAGAACUUAUUUUCACUUAGAACAGCAGCAGAAAGUCAUUUGACCUGGGCCACCCGAACAACUGUAGAUGUAUUUAUUAAUCCUAAGUCCUGGACUGUUGCCAUUUUUGGGACGUCUGAUGUGUGUGUAUAAUAUGUUAGCUGUCAGAUUGUUAAUGUUUCAAAUGUUGUAACUGCAAAUGAGUCAUUUAUUUAAUCUUUUCUAUCAGAGUUUAUCAGACUAAUUGCGCUUAAUAAAGCCAUAUUCUAGUACUGCCUAA